CAAGUAUUUUUCACCAAUCAGAAGAGCCCCUGAGGCUCUAUCCUGAUUGGUCGAGGAGCGGCGCUUCAUCCCUCAAUCCUUAUUGGUUGUAAAGCUCUGCUUCUCGUGAACGCGCAUGAGGAAGUCCAGGCCAGCAUAUUUACCUGCCUCGUGGGACAAAACAUCAUCAAAACACCACGAAGUUAACUGAGGACAGCACGAAGAAGAACAGCGACAAGAAGAAGAGCAAAAACAAGAACCAUAAACCCGAACAAUGGCGGACAGCGGCCAUCCAGCGGGCAGCGGCAAGGUGCCAAUUCCCGCUUUACCCCCGGCAGCUUCCAGCAAGAAGUCACGGGUCGUAAAAACGCUAGCCCAAAAGAAAGAAUACAAGAAGGAGGAGGACCGCGCACGAAACAGAACAAGAAUAAAUGUCGGCACUGCGUUCGAGAGGUGGAGGACCCUUCGGGAUCUGAAUGGCUUCAAAUCCGAUGCAGAACUCGCCACAUUUCUGUUGGAAAGGGGAAAUAUUUCAUCUCCUGCAGCGACGGUGACUUCAGUCCAGGCCUUGAGAGACUUUAUCAACGACAGACUAUCUGCUGCCGCUGGAGAAAUAUUCACCGUGUUUGAACAAACCAUCGCCCAGUACGAGGAGGAGAUUUCUCGUCAGCGCAGAUUGUUGGAAAUCAGCUACAAACCUCCAAUCAAAUUGCGAAGAACAGAGAGUCCGCAGCAACACAUUGGUAACCAGAAGACGAGCUCCAGUCUGGAGGGGGAGCAACGCGAACCUCCACACAUUAAAGAGGAGGAGGAAGAGGAGGAGAUCAUGGCAGUGACCGUGACUGAUGGUGAAAUGGACAAUUCCCUUGACUCUGUGAGAGACCUGACCACCCAGCGACUCACUGCUGCUGCUGUGGAAAUAUUCACCAUGUUUGAACAAAGUAUCUUCAACUGCGAGAAGGGAAUUCAUUGUCAUUGCAGAUUAACGGAAGUCGACUCGAAACCUCAAACCCAGCUCCAGACAGCAGAGCUCCCACAGCAACGCGACUGUACGGAUGAGCAGCGUUUUAAACCAAGAACAAAAUACUGCCGAGAACAGGACGAACCAGAACCUCCACAGAUCAAAGAGGAAGAAGAAGAACCAGAACUGCUGCAGUGUAAAGAGGAGCAGGAGGAACCAGAACCUCCACAGAUCAAAGAGGAAGAAGAAGAAUCAGAACUGCUGCAGUGUAAAGAGGAACAGGAGGAACCAGAACCUCCACAGAUCGGGGAGCAGGAGGAAUUUGGUAGCAGCCAAGAUGGAGAGCAGCUGAUCAAGAAGUUUAAAAGGGAUUCCUUCAGGGAACCUUCUAAUGAGGAGGAUCAACGUUACCUGAGUGAAUCAGAAGAACUUCUGGACUCUGAGCAGCUCUUCUCUGAUGACUCUGAAGUCCACGAUGUGAAUGAACAUGUUGAAUCAGAAUCAGCUACAAAUGCAGAGCUGAAAACAGUCAGUAUGUUUCAUCGUGACCGUGUGGAAAAGUUUCCAGUUUGAGAGACCCAGGCUGGACAAGAGGAGAUGCUUUUUGGGAAAACAUGUGUGGGAUAAAAACAGUUGUUUUGAUAAAUAAUCUAUUAUGUCCGAACUUAGGAACUGUCUCUGACAGGAUCAUCUGUAAAAUCUGUGGUAAAAGUUACAUUGGACAGGAUAGUUUGUUGGUCCACAUGAGAACCCACACAGGUGAGAAGCCAUAUUCUUGUCAAACAUGUGGGAGAUACUUCAGUCAGCAUGGUUCAAUGCUGCGUCACAUGAAGUCCCACAAAGAGAUGAAGUCAUCAGAAUCAGCUUUUAUUGUACAACCGACAAGGAAUUUAACUCCGGUGUGUCAAAUUGAGACGAUACCAUCAGGACGCUGAAUACUGAAGAUGAAGGAAAGAAGAACUAUAAACAUUCUAAAAUCAAAUUGUAGACGGUGUAUCUACAAGGCAACAUGUAAAAACUAGUGCAAAUAUUCUCAAGUAUGUUAUUUUGCAGCAGUAACUGAGUCUGUGAUUACUGAGAAUUCAUCAGGAACAACGGCCUGGGGAUGAAACUGUGUCUGGUGGUUCCCACAAAAUGGAAAGAGUUUACAGUGUUUGUGUGUGGGGUUUAAAGGGUCUGCAGAGAUGUCUCCUGCCCACUUCCUGAUCCUGGACCGGUACAGCUCCAGGACAGAGGGCAGGUUGUGCCCUGUUGGUCUCUCUGCAGACCCCAUUGUCCUUUGCGGUCUGUGCCUGUCCUGUUUGGUGGCUGAUUCCAACCAGGCAGCGAUAGGAUUGCAGAGGACAGACUGGAUGUUGUGGAGGGUGUUCCUGUGAAUCUGCAGAUGAAUCUUCCUGAGCUGUCGCAGUACGUACGACCUCUGCCGGGCCUUGUUCUGUUCAGAGGCUAUGUGGGGGGUCCAGACACUGUUGAGGCUGUGCUUGUUCCUGGUUUGUCAUAAAAAUGAGACGAUUAGCAUAAAGAAUCUUCAAGAAGCAUAUUUCAGUUGUUUUUCUCACUCGACUGCUUUAUUGUGUUUUUGAAAAAUGUGAUGUGAAAAAUCUGUAUGAGCAGAUGUGAACUUUGAAAGGACAAUGUUAAUAAGAAUAGUGAGUUUUGUGAUUCAGUGUUUGGUUUUCCUUGAACAUCAAUGAGUCAUACAUUCACUCUUCACUGUUUUUACCCUACAUAAGAAAAAUGCUUCUUGCUUUCAUACAACACAUACCUGCAGAAACACAAUGUCUGAAAACUUUUGUCUGGAGCAUGUUUUGAAACUGGUUACAUGUAUCAGAAGAUGUCAUGUGUUUUUUAAAUAGAAUAUUGAGUUGAAACAAUCCAAAGACACAUCUUUUAAAGUUCAUCGAAACACCGUCUGUUGUAAUGCUGAAACUGGAGAACCAGGAUGUCACUGAACUCAUUCCACUCCUUCCAUUCCUCUAAUCCAAGUCCUGCUGGCAAAUUGACCAAAAUCAACGUUAAGAUGAUUCCUUCCAUACUGGCCAGAAUAAUUAAUGUGUUAAAUGUGCUGUCAACAGGAAAACCAUUUUUAAUGACAAAGUUAGAAACAGAAUUUGCCAAAUCCUUUAAGAAACAUUAC